GCCAACUUCACGAGUGCGUUCUCUUUGUAAAUUCUUCUUAUGUUCUAGCUCAUUUCCGGCUGUAUUAUUUCUUUUCUAAAAGUAAUUCCAAGGAGGAAAGAUGAGCGAAGGCACAGCUACCAUCAGAACCCGCAAAUUUAUGACCAAUCGGCUUUUAUGCCGAAAACAAAUGGUCUGCGAUGUUUUGCACCCAGGUCAGCCUUCAGUACGCAAAACAGAAAUUCGCGAGAAACUCGCUAAAAUGUACAAAGUUACAUCAGAUGUAGUAUUUGUAUUCGGCUUCCGCACAAACUUCGGUGGUGGCAAAUCAACUGGAUUUGCUUUAAUCUACGACUCAUUAGACUAUGCCAAGAAAUUUGAACCUAAACACAGGUUAGGAAGGCACGGUCUCUAUGAAAAGAAGCAACAGACACGUAAACAACGUAAAGAACGUAAGAACAGAAUGAAGAAAGUCCGAGGAACGAAAAAAUCUAAAGUUGGUGCUGCUUCUAAAAAGGGAAAGAAAUAAGUCUUAUAUUGAUGUUGUGCUCUACAAUACACAUAAUUUUGAACAUCCCACAAUAUGUCUGGAGAUUUGUGCAAGACAGCAAGAACGCCUAUUCUUCGACUGCAUAUUGGCAUUUAUAUUUUGUCAAAGUAUACUGUACUCACUAAAUCUUCAAAUAUAUUGAAAAAAAUUUAAA